AUGACCCCGCUGUGGAGCGGCGCCCGCCGCCUCGCCGACCCAGAGGACCCCCCCCUCGACGCCCCGCCUGCCGCUGCCACCUUGGUCGCCCCGCUGGAGGCGGCCGCCGGCCCCGCCCGCGCCUCGGCGGCGAGCCCCGCCGCGCCGCCCGCCGACGGGGCGCCCGCCGCGCCGCAGCGGCCCUGCGCCGCGGCGGAGACCGCGGCGGCGACCGCCGCCGCGCUGUCUGCCGCCGGCGGCUGUCCCGCACCGCAGGGGGCCGCCGAGCUGCCGCGGCCGGCUGGGGCGGAGACACCCGGUGCAGGCGGGCCGGGGGAGGCUGCGGAGUCCCGGCGGUCUGGGGUCCUGGGCCCCCCCCUCUCGUCGGCGCGCCCGGCGAGCGCCUCGCCGGCCCCCGAGCACGGGCCGCCGGAGGCGGGCAGGCCGCGGGUGCAGGGCCCGGAGUCGCCGGAACUUCCGCGGUGCGACUUCGACUUCUUCCGCGAGGACGCGCAGCGCCGCGCCGGGCCAGUGCAGCUCAGCCUGGCCUACCUGGCGAGGCAGUGGCGCCAGCUGCCCAAGGGCGGCCGCGCUCGCUUUGCCGCGAUGGCCGACGUCGACAAGGCUCGCUUCGAGAGGGAGUACGAGGUGUGGUCCGCGAGACACUCCGAGGACAGCCCGCUCGUCCCGCCCACGCGGGAGGAGGUGCUCGCGCAGAAGGCCGCCGAGCUCGAGGAACUGCUGGGCGGGCUCACCGGCCCCGGCGAGGCAGACUCGAAGAAGGCGGCCCUGCCGGCAGACUUCCCCCGGAGGUGGCGCUCGGCGUACGCCCUCUUCUGCCAG